CCGGUUGAAUACGGACGCCAUUGCCAAAUUGCCAUUUUUGUUUGGAAGUGACGUGACCGAAGCACAUUUCUCUUUCUUUUUGUACAUAGUAUAAUAGUUUUAAGCAUUUGAUAAUAUAAUGGGUGUUCAAGUAGAAACUAUUUCUCCCGGUGACGGCCAAACUUUUCCAAAAACGGGCCAAACCGUCGUUGUUCAUUACACAGGUACCUUAGAAAAUGGGCAAAAAUUUGAUUCGUCGCGAGACAGAGGUGCACCAUUUAAAUUCCACAUAGGAAGGGGAGAAGUGAUUAAAGGAUGGGAUGAAGGAGUUGCCCAACUUAGUGUUGGACAGAGAGCAAAACUUACUUGUUCUCCAGAUUAUGCUUAUGGAUCAAGAGGUCAUCCCGGAAUUAUUCCACCAAAUGCAACACUAAUUUUUGAUGUAGAACUCCUUGAAAUUGAAUAAAUCGCCAUUUGAUUUCAGCCAGUUCAUUAAUUUACAUAUUGAGCAGUAACAAGUGCAUUUAGAUGUAUGGUCAUUAAGUUUGUUUUAUACAUUUUUGUAAAGUUAUCUGCAGAAUAAUAUACUUAAUUAUGUCAGAAGUUAAUUCAUAGAGAGGAUGCUUUUACCUAAGUUUAUAGUUUGGUUAUAGGUGUUGUGGUGUCCCAAUAAAAAAUAUUUCAAUGUC